AUGUCUCAACCUGGAUUCGUCCGUGUGUCAGUGGAAUGCCCUACUUAUGCUGUCUGUGCGGUGGGGACUGAGACUCUGGUUGACGUUUGGGGAUGUGCCCCAAGAGGUAGCACUGCCUUCAACAUCACCAGCACCAGGGGAGUUGUCAUCGAUACCGCCAACAGCUUCCCCGUCAAGAAGACCCCCACCGGGCUAUCCAAAUGGUCCUUGAACCCCACAGUGGAGGUUGUGGUGAUAUUGAGUGCUCCGAGCUUGACCAUCAACAAAGAGGAGGUUUGGAUUUCAUAUUAUGGCCCCAGAGCAGGCCCUGUACUGGGCAAGGCUGUUCUCUACCUCACUGGAGUUGACAUAUCCCUGGAUGCAGAUACAACACGCAGCGGAAAAGUCAACCAAAGCCCGAAGGAGGUGGACAAGAGAAACUGGACCUGGGGCCCUCGGGGCCAUGGUGCUGUCCUGCUGGUCAACUGUGACCGGGAUGGUCCCCAAGCUGUGGGCUUGGACAAGGAUGAUGACAAGGUGCUCGGCAGCAGAGACCUGAAAGACAUGUCCUUGAUGGUUCUGAGAGCACAGGGCCCUGAGGAAUUCUUUGCCCAGCACAAGUUGGUUUUGCACAUCCCCAUGUCCAAGAUGAAAAAAGUCAGAGUUUUUCAAAGCAAAAAUGAAGGCUUUCAGGCCCAGUUUGAGAUGGUACUGGGGCCACACAAGGCCUCACAUGUACUGGAGCCAGUGAAUGGCCAGCAGGACAGAACCUUCUAUAUAGAGGGGCUCGCCUUCCCUGAUGCCGACUUCUCUGGCCUGGUUCCCUUCUCGGUCACACUGCUGGGCCGGGUCCAUCAGGACAUCCCCGAGGCCCCGAUCUUCGAAGACACGGUGGUGUUCCGUGUGGCUCCCUGGAUCAUGACUCCCAACACUCUGGCCCCUCAGGAGGUGUAUGUGUGCAGCAUAAAAGAAAACCAGCGUUUUGUUGACUCCGUGACAGCUCUUGCCAAGAAAGCUAAGUGCAAGCUGACCAUCUGCCCUGAAGAGGUAAACGAUCUGGACGUGUGGAUCCAGGAUGAGAUGGAGGUCGGCUACAUCCAGGCUCCUCACAAAACACUGCCCGUCGUCUUUGAUUCCCCGCGAGAUGGAGGGCUGAAAGAUUUCCCUUUCAAGUAUGUGUUGGGCCCAGAUUUUGGGUAUGUGACCCGAAACUCAGGGUCAGAAUGGGUCGACGGCCUUACUUCCUUCGGCAAUCUGGAGGUCAGUCCCCCUGUCAGCGUCCGGGGGAAGGAAUACCCUCUGGGUAGGGUCCUCGUCGGCAGCAAUAUCUUCCCCAGGACCGGUGGCCGAGAGAUAGUCAAGCCUGUGUGGGACUUCCUCUAUGCACAGAGAGUGCAGGCCCCCAUCAAACUCUUCUCUGACUGGCUCCUCGUGGGCCAUGUGGAUGAGUUCCUGAGCUUCGUCCGAGCCCGGAAAGGAAAGGGUUUCCGUCUGCUCCUAGCCAGCCCUGUUGCCUGUUUCCAGCUCUUCCGGGAGAAGCAAUUGGAGGGCCAUGGAGCUGCCAUGAUGUUCGAACAGAUUGAGGGAAAGGAAAAGAAAACCAUAGAUGACAUUUUGUCGGACCAAACACUGAGCGCACACAAUAGAUAUGUGCAGAGCUGUAUCGACUGGAACCGAGAAAUCUUGAAGAGAGAUUUGGGCCUGGUUGAACAAGACAUUAUUGAUCUCCCACAGCUUUUCCAGCUCACUGAAAAUAACUCUUCAAAAAAAUGCAAAGCUGAAGCUUUCUUCCCAGACAUGGUGAACAUGGUGGUCUUGGGGAAAUACCUGGGGAUCCCCAAGCCCUUUGGGCCCGUCAUCAACGGUCGCUGCUGCCUGGAAGAGAAGGUCCGGUCCCUGCUGGAGCCCCUGGGACUCAACUGCACCUUCAUUGAUGACUUUUCUACCUAUCACAAGAGGAAGGGAGACGUCCACUGUGGCACCAACGUCCGUAGGAAGCCCUUCUCCUUCAAGUGGUGGAAUAUGGUCCCCUGAGCCAGUACGCCUCCUAGCAUCCUCUCUGCUUCUUUCCAUCCAGAUCAGGGAGGAAACACACCAACUGGAGCAAAGCAGAUAUGAUCGGACCAGCAGACACAUUACAAUGAAGUUCUGGCAGCCUGAUUUAGACUAACCCACUCUUGCUUAAAGCACACUGCAGUGGCCUCUUCCUUUGGCCUUUGCCCCCAGUUGCUUAGCUGGAAGCAGCAGCAUCUCCCAAGAUGCUGCUAAUAUGAAAG